ACUUAAAAACAGAACUCACUCACUCUCUCUCUCACUGUCGGCAAAACUAACUUCUUUCCCUUUCCCACUGUGACCGUUUCCGGCGACACAGGUGAUAUCUCCGGCAGAAAUGCAGCUCCCUUCUCCGGUCAUCAUCUUAGCCACACUCUGCAUUGUCCUGCAGCUUCUCAUAAACUCCUCCGCCUCGGUGACCACCAAUCGACACGUGUCGAACGCUCAUUGGCUUCCCGCCGUGGCCACCUGGUAUGGAAGCCCCAACGGCGACGGUAGCGACGGAGGAGCGUGUGGGUAUGGUUCGUUGGUGGAUGUGAAGCCGUUCCAUGCGAGGGUUGGAGCUGUGAAUCCUAUCCUAUUCAAGAACGGUGAAGGCUGUGGCGCUUGUUACAAGGUUCGGUGUUUGGACAGGAACAUUUGUUCCCGGAGAGCCGUCACCGUCAUCGUCACCGACGAGUGUCCCGGCUGCUCUAAAACCAACACUCACUUUGAUCUAAGUGGCUCUGCUUUUGGUCGCUUGGCUAUCUCCGGAGAGUCUGGUCCCCUCCGCAACCGUGGCCUCAUUCCCGUCAUUUAUCGCCGGACGGCAUGCAAAUAUAGAAAGAAGAACAUAGCGUUUCAUGUAAACGAAGGAUCAACUGAUUUUUGGUUGUCUCUACUGGUUGAGUUCGAAGACGGAGAAGGCGACAUUGGCUCCAUGCAUAUACGCCAAGCAGGAUCGAUGGAGUGGUUAGAGAUGAAGCACGUAUGGGGAGCUAACUGGUGCAUCAUCGGAGGACCCCUUAAAGGACCAUUCUCCGUUAAGCUCACCACUUUGUCCUCCGGUAAAACACUCUCUGCCACCGACGUCGUCCCCAGAAACUGGGCUCCCAAAGCAACUUACACUUCCCGCCUCAACUUCUCUCCCGUCCUCUGAAAAGACUAAUAUUUCCACUAUUUUUAUAUUUGUGAUCUUUUUUUUGUUUGUUUGAAGAGAGAGUUAGAGAGAGAGAGUGACUGCUGGCCAUAGGAUGGCGAGACUAAUAGCCUGGUUCAUCCUAAUCCAACAACGGCUCAUGCGUUCUCUCCUCUUCCUCCUUAAUUGUUUGUGAAUUUGUGUGUGUGUGUGUGUGUGUUGUGUCGGUGAGUGUGUGUAGGAGUUAUUGUAGCCAUCUCCAAAGGGGAGAUAGAGCUAGGAGUAGUAUUUGGUGGUGUCAAGUCUUUUGUUUCUAUAUAAUUCUUGUCUGUUUCUCUUUCUAUUAAUGAGACAUUGCAUAAAUAUAUCAUAUGAAUUUUUGUAUUUGUAUU